AGAUGUAACGGGGCUCACUCGCUCACUCAAUCGCAUCGUGAUAAAAUACUAUACGUAUCGCGUCCAAUCUCUAUAACCGCGAAUAAAUGAAAAAUGUAUCAAGUCUUAUGAAAUAUUGUAUAUUAAUUUCUACCAAAAGUCCGGGAGUGUCUUAUUCUGAGUGUGGAUCUUAAUCCUUGGGGCGUACAAAUCCCCAAAAAAACCCUUUCUUAGCGGCUAGGGGCAUAACAACUGUAUUAUAUUUAUAUUUAUUUAUAUUUAACAAAUAAUAAUUUUUUUGUUGCAAAUCAAAGAUUCACGUAAAGAAAAUUGAGAAAUAUACAUAGAUUAACGCAUACCGCAACAUAAUUCGAUCAAUAUGGACUACUUGAUCUAUUGCUCAACGGCACUGGUGAUAUCGUUCGGUCUCUUCUACAUAUACGCCAAAUACAAACUAUCUUACUGGAGUAGACGUGGUGUCAAAACCCCUCCGACAAAUUUGAUUUUUGGCAAUUUUAAAGACUGCAUUACUUUAAAGAAGUCGGCGGGUGAGGUGAUAUGUGAGAUCUAUAACAGUGCCGAUCCGGACGAUCCCUAUAUUGGUUUUUAUAUCUUCCACAAGCCUAUGCUGCUCCUGCGGAACCACGAUUUGAUCAAACAGGUGAUGAUAACAGACUUCCAGGUUUUCCCGAAUCGACGGUUUGGUUCAAGUAACGAGAGGGAUGUAGUAGGUCUAGACAGUCUCCUGUCUAUCAAACAGCCUAGAUGGAAAUAUGUGAGAGGAAAGUUGACUUCGUCGUUGACUGGGCAGAAGUUGAAGAAUAUGUUGCCGCUGAUGGAGGAGUGCGGAAAACCUAUGUUGAAAUUCAUCGAGAACUUCCUGGCAGAUGAGAUUGGCCAGAAUAAGUUCGAAAUGAAAGACAUCUGUAGUCGUUAUAUCAACGAUGUUAUAGCUUCUAUAGCGUUCGGUAUUAAUACAAAUUCAUUUGAAGAAAAAGAGAACGCUUUCUGGAAAAAUGGUUUAAAGAUCUUCAGAGGGUUCACGAACAGCAUAAAGUUCAUUAUUCUCUUCUUCAUUCCUGAAUGGGGUCUCUUUAUAGGGCCUUUGAUUAAAGAACCCGCGAAUUAUUUUCGCGAAAUUUUUUGGGAUUCCAUGAACACCAGAGAAAGAAUGGGAUAUAAAAGAGGAGAUGUCAUAGAUUCUUUGUUAGCGCUUAAAAAUGGAAAUCAAGAUCCUAUUUAUAAGUUUGAAGGCGAUAAUUUAGUGGCGCAGUCGGCCAGUUUGUACAUAGCUGGAUUCGAGGCAACCACGACUACAAUCGCAUUUACUCUAGCUGAUUUGUCGCGUCAUCCAGAACAUCAAGCCAUUUUAUAUGACGAAAUACAAACACAUCUGUCAGGACAAAAAAUGACCGUGGAUUUAAUUAAUGAAAUAUCUUUCUUGGAUUGCGUCAUAAAUGAAUCAAUGAGGUUACAUCCUCCUUUGCCUAUUUUGGAUAGGACAGCUAUAAAAGAUUAUAAGCUUCCAGGCACUGAGUUAACAAUCGAGAAGGGUGUUUCGGUAUAUGUCUCUAUAAAUGCAACGUGUCAAGAUCCUAAGUACUUUCUUAAUCCAAAUGAUUUUAUGCCAUCGAGAAUAGAGAUAGAACAGGAGAAAAAAUUUUAUGAAACUUUGGCAUUUGGUAUUGGACCACGAGCGUGUAUAGGACAAAGAUUGGCUAUAUUACUUGUAAAAGUAGCGUUAAUUAUGAUUCUGUCGAAUUAUACUGUUUGCUGCGACAUGAAUAAAAAACGCACAAAUGAUAACGCAAUGGGCUUUUUCACGUACGUAGCUGAUGGUUUGUAUUUGCUAUUCAAAAAACGUGACAAAUAAGUGUACAAAUAAGCAAAUACAUAGAUAUACUUUUGUGUAAGCAUAUUUCUAGCAAGCGCAAUGGAAUUUGUAAUUUUCACAAUAUUUGUAAUUAAAUAAAAAUUGAAUUAGAUAGAAACGGAAAUUUCUUGAUUGAUCCUAUUUUAUUAAAGAUUUAAUUAGAUAUGGAUAAAUAUAAGCAACAUAAACUAAUGGAUUUUCUAAUGUAAUUUUUAUUAAUUUCACAUUGAUUUGUAUGUGUAACAAUUUAUAAAUUUUAAUCAUAAACAUUUUAUAUGUAUUUGCGAAACUAUAUUGCAAAAUAAAUAUAUAUUCAAGUUACAAGUUGAAAAAAACAA